UGCUGCGCCUCAUUUGUUUUUACCAGGAGGAAUCCAGGGUUGGGAAAACGCUGCGGAAGUGCUAACCGGUCGGGACUGUGGAGCGGCUGUGGGCACAGACGUCAGCGGGAACUCCGGUGCCAUGAUGUGGGCUCGGCUGAUGGUUGGAGUCGAGGGUUCGGGGUUCGGGUUGAGGGCAUCCAGAACCGGUUUGCAGCGGGUGUCCGGAGCUGGAUGUGCGGGAAGGAGGCAGCAACAGAGACAGGCGUCCAGUACAGAGGAUGUUUUGAGGAAGACUCCGCUCUUUGAUUUCCACAAGAAGCACGGUGGGAAGAUGGUAGAGUUUGCUGGUUGGAGUAUGCCGGUCCAGUACAAAGACAGCCACAUCGCCUCACACAUGCACACCAGAGAGCACUGCUCCAUCUUUGACGUGAGCCACAUGCUGCAGACCAAAGUUCAUGGCAAAGACCGAGUGAAGUUCAUGGAGUCGCUGGUUGUUGCAGAUAUCGAGGAGCUAAAAGACAACCAGGGUACGUUGUCCCUCUUCACCAAUGAGAAAGGAGGAAUCAUUGAUGACCUCAUUGUGACAAAGACUGACCAGGGUUACCUGUACGUCGUCUCCAACGCAGGCUGUGCUGACAAGGACUCGGCUCAUAUGAAGGCCAGGCUGUCGGAGCUCAAAGCUGCAGGUUUGGAUUUAGAGCUGGAGUUUCUGGACGACGCACUGAUCGCUCUGCAAGGUCCAACCAUGGCUCGAGUUCUCCAGGAGGGGCUGAAGGAUGACCUCAGUAAGCUGACCUUCAUGACCUCCACCUUGGCUUCUGUGUUUGGGAUUCCCAGCUGCAGGAUCACUCGCUGUGGUUACACCGGAGAGGACGGUGUGGAGAUUUCUGUUCCUCGGUCCAGAGUGGUUGAGCUGACUGAGAAGCUGCUGUCCAACAGUGAGGUGAAGCUGGCCGGUCUGGGUGCCAGAGACAGCCUUCGACUGGAGGCGGGGCUUUGCCUCUACGGCAACGACAUAGACGAGAGCACCACACCUGUGGAGGCCAGCCUUGUUUGGACAAUAGGAAAACGAAGACGGCAGACCAAAGAUUUUCCUGGCGCUGAAAUCGUCAUACCUCAGAUCAAAGCCAAGACAGCCAGAAAGAGAGUUGGUCUGGUGUCCACCGGACCCCCAGUCAGACAGCACACGCCCAUCCUUAGCCCUGACGGACAGAUCAUAGGUGAAGUGACCAGCGGCUGCCCAUCUCCCUGCCUGAAAAAGAACAUCGCCAUGGGCUACGUUGAUGCAGCAUUUGCCAAGAAUGGAACUGCCAUCCAGGUUGAAAUUAGGAAGAAAACACAGCCCGCAACUGUCAGCAAAAUGCCCUUCGUCCCCACUAACUACUUCUCUGGAUAAGACGCACGUUCACAUAAAAAAAUAAAAAUAAAAAAUGCUGGAAUGUUCCUCAAUUCACCUACACUUAAUAAUGUCGCCCCCUGCUGUUUAACUCGAGCAAUGCAAAAACCAUUAAAAUACUUAUUUGUAAGUUUAAGACAAAAAUAAAUUAAAGCUGCUUCUUUAAAUGUGUGUAAUUAGUCACAUUGAAGGCGGCUGGAUUAUAGAUGGUUGGCUGUUUACGAGAACAGGACCUUCCAUGUUUUACAGAAACUUUGUGCAGAUUAUCACACUGUACAGUUCGUCAGUAUUUACAAUGGAUGUGUCGUGAAUCAGAAUUGGGUUACAGAUGACAUUACAAGAAGUGUUGUUGAUCUCUUCAUCUUUUAACCAGCUGAUUUGUUAAAAACCAUUAUGUUUCAAAAAUAAAACCUGGUACAAUAUUUCUGUCAUAGAUGGACCAAACAAAUUCUGGUGCUUGUUGUUAAUGCGUCACAUACCUGCAGUUUUUAUGUUUUCUUGAUUCUUUAAAAGCACAUUUAUAUUUAUAAUAUUACUGUAAAGGUUUGGAAAGACACAUCAGAGCUUUGUUACUAUCCUUUAAUACUCUUGUCUGGAGUGUGAUAAACAGAAAUAUUCUGUCUGCUUUGUGCUUUUAUCGCUGAUCUGUUUUAUAAUUUAGCUGUUUUAAAUAGGCAGCAAUCUCAUUUAGAUUUUAUUUAACCCCAGAAGAGAAGUUUAUUUUUAAUAAAGCAGUUAAACCUUAAUGUUUAGUGUAAUAAUGUGUUAUCCGUUUUCUGUUUGAAAUUACAAUAUUGUUUAGAUACUUUAUAACGAGGGAGAAAAAUACUACUGAUUUAAACCGUGAAUGUUUAAAAUGCUUUUUUUUUAUGACAAAGGAACAUUUCUACUUUUAAAUAAAGGUGGUUUCUUUAUA